GGGCACAGGUGGGUGGCACUGGUGGGCACAGGUGGGUGGCACUGGUGGGCACAGGUGGGUGGCACUGCAGAGUGGCACAGGUGGGUGCACUGCUGGGCACAGGUGGGGGCACUGCUGGGCACAGGUGGGGGCACUGCUGGGAACGGGUGGGCGGGCCUAGUGGGCGCACUGCUGGGCGGAACUUGCGGGUGUCACUGCUGGGCACCGAUCAUCAGGGCACUGAUCAUUAGUGCCCUGAUGAUCGGUGCCGAUCCCCGCUCUGACAACUGCCGGUUCUCGGCAGUACUUUCCUCAUGAUCUGACAGCGUGAGGAAAGUGCAGCCGAGAACCGGCACUUGCAU